CACAAACGGUAUUAAGUAAUUAAGUAGCAUUUACAUGAAAAUAUAAAAUCUUGGCAUAAGACCAGGGCAAAGAGUCUCUCCUGAGAACUCUCUCCUGAAACUCUCUCCUGAAGAGAACUCUCUCCUGAAAAGGAGAGUUUGAGAAGACAGAAGAAGAAGGAGAAGCAGUAAUUUUAAUUUUUUUAUGUUUUGUGUUUUAUAUGUUGGUCAUUAUAACGGUUUCUCUCAAUGUCAUAUCAAAUGUCAAAAUCCAGGAAAUUCUGAAAAUGUCGACCCUACGGUGUACCUAUACAAAUUAAUUAAUAUUUAUUUUUACUAAUCUUAUAAGGAUUAAAGCAGCAUUAUGUCUGAUGACGCCGAUGUAGAAAAGAUAUUGGUUGUUAUUAAUCAUUUUCAAAAGGUUUUGGAUACCUUAAAAGAUAUUGAUAAUGUAGAAUUCGUUAUUAAUAAAUUAGGUUUGGAAAAGAAACAGGAAUUAUUAAAACAAAUUGAUAAUAUCGCUAACGAGUGCUCUUUAAAAAUCUACAACAUAAAUGAAAAACUUAAUAAAGCAUAUAAAAAUGCUAAAACUAGUGAUAAUUCUGAUGGGGAUUUAAAUGAUACCAGUUCAAGGAUUGAAGUUGUUAAUUCCCAAACAGAUCAAGGAAAUAGUACUGAAACUCAAGAAUCUUUAUCUAAUAAUAUAAAUAAUGUAGUUCACAACAACACAAGUAGUGAAAAUGAAGAUCCUGUAUCUGAUUCUGAUGUUAUUGAAGGAUCUCCAUUGAAACCUCAACAUAAAAAAGUUGUUGAUAGACUUUUAGGUUCCAAGUCAGUAUCAGAAGAAAUUCAACCCAAUAAAUCAAAUAUUAUUGAUGACGAUAACAAAAAUAGUAACAGUGAAGAAAAUCAUGUACAAGAAGAAACAGCCCCUGAAGCUUUAAAAAGUAAUGAAGUAUUGGUAACUAGUCACAGAGACAAUGUAGAAGUUCAGAAUAAUACAGCAAAUACCGAUAAUGAUGUAAAUGAAGAAGAAAAUAAGAGGCCUGUAAUAAAACUCGUUGACAUUAGUAAACUUCUAGCUCCCAGUAAGACACCUCUUGAUGUUAUUUCUCCAAAACCCAAAAAAUCGGUGACUUUUGAUAGUUCGGUUAUUAUUUUAUCUAGUUCUGAUGAAGAGACACCAAAGAAGCACCCUAAAGAGAAAGAUCAAAGCCCCCUGAAAAGUGCUAUGCGUAAAAUAUCUUCUCAAAAUGAAGUUGACAGUGAUUCUGAUUCAAAAGAAAAUAAAAGCAUAUCCAGCAAGAAAAGGAAAUCCAGAAGUCAUAAAGAAGAAGGAAGAAGCCUGAGGCGCAGAAAAAAUAACGAAGAAAGUGAUAGUUCGCCUGAUGAAAGAAAUAAGCAUAAAGAGAGAUAUGAAUUUAGAGCUUCAAAAUCAAAGCAGUCUAAGCACAAAGCGCUCUUUGAUAAGAUUAGGAGUCACCAUAGACAAGUUAAAGAUGUUAUCAACAUAGAUAAUUCAUCAGAUGAAGAGACAAAUAUAAGAAGUCCUGUUAAGAAAAGAAAAAGAACUAAAAAUAGUAGUAGUUCAUCUGAUCAUUCUGCUGAUUCGGAUCAGGAGAGUUUAAAAGGAAAAAGCAUACAAAAUACGAAAAAAACUAAACUGGAUACUACAGAACUUGAUUUUAAACGCAAACUUUCUAUAAAAUUGCCUUCUUAUACGUGUCAAGAAUUAAUAGACAGAUAUAAAAAUGAUUUAUCAAAAACUGAAAAAAACGGUAUAAAAUUAACCCUGAAAUUAAAUAGAAAUUAUCAAAAAGAUAAAGUAUCUGAAAGUUCAGAUAGUGAAGUUGAAAAUAAAAAAUCCAAAAAGAAGAAACAUAAGAAUAGAUCAAAGAAAUCAACUAGUAGUGAUGAGGACACUGAAACAAUUAAUCUUAAAUCGAAAAAUAAUAAAACUAAAAACAGUGAAUAUUCUGACAGUGAAAAUGAUAUUAAGAAAGAUAAAAAAGAAAAAAAAUCAAAGAAAAGUGUAACUAAAUACUCUGAUAAUGAUGAUAACACAGAGGAAAAUGAAGGAAUAAACAAAACUAAAGAUGAUUCAAAAAAUAAAACUAAAAACGGCGGAGAAAAAAUAAAAGAUAAAAAUAAAAUUAAUAAAAAAUCAAGAAAAAAUAUAACUAAAGAUUCUGAUAAUGAUGCUGAUAGCACAGAUGAAGGAAACCAAACUAAAGAAGAUUCCCAAAAUAAAUCUGAAGAAAGUAGUCAAAAAAUAAACGAUAAAACUACAACUAAAGAUUCUGAUAAAGGUGAUAACACAGAUGAAAAUAAAGAAACCAAAACUAGUAGCGAUAAAAUAAUUGAUAAACAUAAAUUUGGCAAUACCUCAGCUAAAAAUACUGAUGUUACUGAAAAAAAUUGUGAAUCUGAUAACACAAACAUUAGUGAAAAAAGAGAUUCUGAUUCUGAUAGUGAUAAAAAUACAGAUAAUGAAGGAAAUGCAGACAAGAAUUCAAAUAAUGAGUCAGAUACUGAAGCAAAUGUAACUGAUAAGAAAACAGAAAAAAAGUCAAAAGAAGUUGAUAACAAUGAAGAAUCUGAAAAUAAUGAAAUGGAAAAAAAUGAUGAACAUGAAGACAAUACAUCUAAAGAAUCCGAAAAUGAAAAUGUUAUUGAUAAAACGAAGUCUCAGUCUAAGAAAAAUCUUGAUAAUAAUGAAAGUGUUGAUGUUGAAGUUCCUCAUGUUGAUACUGAUGAAGUUGUUGAUCAUACUUCAGAUACUGAAAGAAUUGAUGUGCAGGACGCUCAAAAUACAUCAGAAAGUGAUAAAAUGAUUGAUACCACUCCUGAUAAUGAGAAGGAAAAGGUUUUGAAUGAUGAAUCUGAAGAGAACAAAGACAGUGAUGAAACUGGUCAUUCUAAAAAAAAUAAAGAUGAUAAAAAAAAUCUGGAUUGUAAUUCAACUGACGAAAAUGAUGACGAUGAUGUAGAAGUAUUAACAAAAGAGUCUGAUGAUGGAAAAAAGAAAAGUAAAUGGGAAGAUGACAAGUCAGAUAGUGAUAGAGAUUUUAUGAAGUUUUCAAAGAAAAAAGACAAAUCUCUAGUAGAAUUGGUCAGCGAUGACGAGGUUUUACCUAUAUCAAGGAAAGCAAAAAAGAAUAUGAAGAAAAAGGCGGUUUUAAGCGAUUCAGAGUCAGAAAAUGAAGAAAAAAAUGAGAGUAGUGAUGGUUCAGAUAAGGAUAAAAAGAAAAAGAAAAACACGAAAAAAGUUUCAUCAUCAGAUUCUGGCAGUGAUGUUGAUAAAACUAAUAAAAAAAGAAAUUCAAGCAGUUCUUCGAGCUCCAGUGAAUCAGACCAGGAGGAUGAAAUACAGAAGAAGCCAACGAGAAGGAGAAUAAAACGAACCAAUGAUAGCAGUAGUGACGAUGACGAUAGAUCCACCAGGAAGCAUAUAAGAAAAGUCAUUGGUCGGGAUUCUCUGUCAGAAACUACAAAAAAGGCCGAACAAGAUGAAAAAGAACGGAAAAAUCGAAUGUUGGAAAAACAGAAAAAAUAUAAUCAGAUAUUUCAACUGAAAGCCGAUGCAACUGUCGAUAAGAUAGUGCUGGAUUUUGACGAGAAAAACGAAAAACCUCUUCUAAGCGUUAACAAGAAACUUGUGAAGCAACUGAAGCCACACCAAGUUCAAGGGAUCAAGUUCAUGUGGGAUGCCUGUUUUGAAUCUCUGAAAAGAGCAAAAAAAGACACGGGUUCGGGUUGUAUCCUGGCACAUUGUAUGGGAUUGGGAAAAACUCUACAGGUAAUAACUUUAACACACACCCUUCUCACGCAAAGCGAGAAAACAGGAGUUGAGAAAGUCUUGAUUGUCAGCCCUGUCAAUACAGUGCUGAAUUGGAAGAGCGAAUUUGCCAAAUGGCUUCCUAAAGAAGAAUUUGAGGUUUAUGAGCUUGUCUCAUGCAAAACGUCAUCAGUGAACCAGGAGAGGGCGUACAAGGUCAGAGAAUGGCAUGAAAAUGGAGGAGUCUUAAUUAUUGGGUAUAAUAUGUUUAGGACCUUAAGCAACCCUGAUAAUAAGACAGUUACUAAAAAACUAAGGACAUGGUUCCAGGAAGGACUCGUUGACCCAGGGCCAGAUAUGGUUGUGUGCGAUGAGGGACAUCUGCUCAAAAAUGAAAAAACCAGUCUCAGUAUUGCUAUGAACAAAAUAAAAACGUCUAGGAGGAUAGUUUUGACAGGUACACCUCUACAAAACAAUCUAAAAGAGUAUUGGUGUAUGGUACAAUUUAUCAAACCAAAUCUGUUGGGUACUUAUAAGGAAUAUCUUAACAGGUUUGUGAACCCUAUUACAAACGGCCAAUACACCGAUUCAACUGAUCACGACAUAGUGAUUAUGAGGAAAAGAUCACACGUUUUACACAAAUUAUUAGACGGUGUCGUUCAAAGACAAGACUAUGAUGUUCUUGCUCCGUAUUUGCCACCCAAAUACGAGUUUGUUUUGUUCCUCAAACUUACAGAUGUUCAAGUAAAACUGUACGAACAUUACAUGCAGAAUUUAGCAAGAAAAAAUCAAGGACUGGCGAGGACGUCAUUUUUGUUUAACGAUUUCCAGGCCCUUCAGAGAAUUUGUACUCAUCCAAGAGUUUUGAUGGAAAAAAGUGCGGAAGAUAAGGAAAAAAAGAUGAUGGAAUCAGAUUCAGAAGGUUCACUAAGAGAUUUCAUCGACGAUUCAGAAGAUGAGGCCAAAAGUACAUCAGAAUCUGAAACGUCUUCGUCAAAUUCAGACUCUGAUGGUUCGCAAAGGGCUAAGAAAAAGAAGAAAGGAAGUUCUAAGUCGACUCUAGUGAAGAAAAGGGUGACCAGAGCACAGGCAGCUCAAAAUCGAGAAAAUGGUGAUAGCGAAAGCGAUGUUGAAUCAGUGGGUCCAAAAGAAUGGUGGCAGGAGUACAUAGAUGGUGAUGAAUUGGACAAUUUGGAUCACAGCUCGAAAAUGUUUUUGUUGUUCCAGAUACUUAAAGAGUGCGAAGAGAUUGGCGACAAAAUUCUGGUGUUCUCUCAGUCGUUAUACACCCUAAAUUGUAUAGAGUAUUUUCUUCAGAGGAUAGAUGAAGCAACUCAAAAUGGCGAGACCGAUAAAAUAGGUGGUCAUUCUGGAUCUUGGGCUAUAGGUUUGGACUACUUUCGAUUGGAUGGUUCCUCUAGUUGCGAUAACAGAGCUACCUGGUGCGACGCGUUCAAUAAUCCAGAAAAUACCAGAGCGAGGUUAUUCCUCAUAUCAACUAAAGCUGGGGGAUUAGGUAUAAACUUAGUUGCAGCCAACAGAGUUAUUAUAUUUGACGUAUCUUGGAACCCCUCGCAUGAUAUCCAAAGCAUAUACAGAGUGUACAGAUUCGGUCAAACCAAACCCUGUUAUAUAUACAGAUUUGUAACUUAUGGAGCUAUGGAAAUGAAGAUAUAUGAACGCCAAGUUACUAAGCAAGCUAUCUCAAAGAGAGUAAUAGACGAACAGCAAAUUGACAGACAUUACAGUCAAAACGAUAUUCAGGAACUGUACAAGACAGAUUUAGAACCUACAGACCGACCAAUACCACUGGUUCCAACGGAUGUCUUGCUGGGUGAGAUGUUGCAAAAGUACGAAAACACUAUUUUCAAGUACCACGAGCACCAGUCGCUCCUAGAAAACAAACAAGAUGAAGAAUUAAACGAAGAAGAGAGAAAAUCUGCUUGGGACGAAUUUGAAAAUGAAAAAGAAUUGCGCAAGACGCAGUUAAAUAAUUUUGGAAUGAUGGGAGCGGGUGCUGCGGCUGGAGCUGCAUUUUUAAACAAUAUAGCCAAUAUAACGCCGGAACUUGUAAAAAUCGCUCUGGGAAAUAUAAUGAAGAAAGAUCAUCCAAUAUGGUCUGAUGUUCAGAUAAGUGGCGUCGUAUCAGCGCUCUAUCAACAGCUUCAGGUUCAAGUAUCAGAGCAUAAUUUCACCAUGUGGAACAGGGUGCAACAGGAAUUGCGCCUGAUGCAAUCCAUACAAGCGCAGCGCAUGCGCGAACAAUAUAUGCAAGAGUGGCAGAUGCGCCAGAUGUUGCAAAAACAACAGAUGGACAAUCAGCGACUAGGCAACAUGGGCAUAGGCCCCGAGGAACUGCGCAUGAUUCAAAUGGCCGCAGCGGCACAAAGGGCCGGAGGGGGAGCUGGUACGUCGGCUGACGUCAUAGAGUUAAACGAUUGACGUUAUUGGGGGCCGUAAGUCAUGUUUGAUUUGAUCUAUACAUAAGGAUUUAGACAGUUUUGUCGAGGUUUUUUGAACGAAAAUUGUAAAACCUUUCUCUUGUGUUUUUUUUGUAUUAUUUUAAUUAUUAUCUCAAACUAUUUAUUUAAAAAUAUUAUUUUAUAUAAAAAAACUAAAACUCUUUCGAAUUCACAAUUUUGCAUUCAGGUUCAAUCCUAACUUUUAAAUUAGAGUUGGUGGUUAAGAAAAGGAAAUACAAUUUCUGAAGAGAAUACAUACUGCAGCUCACUGAUGGUUCCUUAUUUUAAAUUAUAAACUAAAUAUUUAAAAAAUGGUAUUCUUUUAACCUUUAAGAUAGUGAUUGAAAUAAAUAUGAUUAAUAACAUGGUUAACAAGGUGAUGUAUUUAUUUGAAAGAGAUUUAGUCUUCACAUAUCAUAGUGUACUUGAUGCAGAAAAAGUGCCCUAUGAUAAAAAAGACAUUGUAUUAGGAGUUGAAAUAUUUCAGAUUUAUCAUAAUUUAUAUGUCUCUGGAAAUGUAUUUUAACAUGUUUUUUCUUUUAAAUUUUUUAAGCCUAUUUUUAUAUAGUUAUUUUUCUUGAAUUUACGUCAUUACAUAUUACAUUUUAUUUCCGUUAUUGCAAAUUAGAAACAAAACAAAUUCAAAAGAAAAAAAAACAUUGAUGCGUGAUUUUUUUUGUUAAUGGUGGUCAAAAAAUUUGGAAUAAGAGCUAAAACACACCAGGCGGUUCAUGGGUUAGGUUGGUUAGGUAGGUAGCCGCAUUCUCUCCCUCCAAAACAUGCUGCAACGACGUAGCUUUUGCUUCAUGCUACGAGUAGGAAAUAGACGCUCGGCGAUCGACGCUGACCAUACACCGUCUAUUUUGUAUCAUAGAAGUCCUCCACUAAAACACUAAACUACCUUGUGUGUUUUCGCUCUAAAACUAUUAUGUAAAUAUUUUAUUUAGUAGGUUAAACUGCUAUUUUUUUAUUUAUGUUUUUUAGGAUAAUCCUUGUGAUUUCUUUUUCUAUACUAGUUAAAAAAAUAACAUCGAGGCGUCUCUUCGGUGUUGUAAAUAAAUUUGUACUCGAAAA